AUGCGUGUUUGUUUCUUUCAUUUGCUGUACCAAAUACGAUUAGAUAUUUAUCUCCACCUUUUUAGUAUGGGACCUAAAAAAGAAACAAAAGACGCUGCGGCUCCAGCGAAAAAGAAGGAAACUACAACUGCUGCAGCAACAGCUAGUGCCAAAAAAACUACAAAAACAACAACAACUACUACCACCAAAGUAGUUACCAAAGAACGUAAAGAAAAGGUUAAAUCAACGGCACUCAAAGCUAAACAACGAGUUGUUCGUGGAAAUCGAUUAACACGUAAUCGUAAAGUCCAUUUGAAACCAACUUUUCGUCGUCCAUUUACCCUUCGUUUACAACGUCAACCAAAAUAUCCACGACGAUCAGUACCAAAACGUAAUCGUCUUGAUCAUUUUGCCAUCAUUAAAUAUCCAUUGACAACUGAAUCGGCAAUGAAGAAAAUCGAAGAUAACAAUACAUUAGUUUUCAUUGUUAACAUUCGUGCUAACAAACCAAUGAUUCAACAAGCUGUGAAGAAAAUGUACGAUGUUGAAGCCGAAAAAGUCAACACAUUAAUUCGACCUGAUGGUGAAAAGAAAGCUUAUGUUAGACUUAAGGCUGAUCAUGAUGCACUUGAUGUUGCUAACCGUAUUGGUAUCAUCUAA